AUGGCCCUCAAGACGAUCUUCUUGAUGGGCGCACCAUUGCCUAGUAGCCUAGACUGGGAAAACGAUGAGCUGCUCAACAGCCCUAUUCAACCAUUUUCAAGCACCGACACCAUUCAUGAGCACGAUACAUCAAUUGUGCAAAGUGGAGAUCCUAUUAAAUGGAGAGUUCUCCAACCGCCUCUCACGGAGCAUCCGACAGGCUAUCAUGAAUACUAUCGUGGACCAGAGGACCCAUCUUUUCUGACAACACAUAAGCUGGUAGAAGCUGAUAACGAGUCAAUGAAGGAGGAUUCCAUCCUAUCAGAGUUCUACGAUCAUUCAUUCGUCGUACAUGAAACGUCGGAGAUAUCUACUACGGGGCUACAAGAUGAGGAAUCCACCCAGGAGAGCGAGCCUGCGCUCGCUUGUAUAGAUGCAGCGGCUACUGGGACGACAGCAGAAGUAAAUAACCACGAGCUACCCCGUUCGCUGCAAAUCUCAGGCCCGAUUCGCGAUCUACAGCACCUCCCUACAGCAAGUUAUUUGCAGUCCAUCGCACCACAGACAAUGACCGUCAACCUGAUCGUGGGAAUCAUCGCGAUCCACCCACCUCGUCGUGUGGUGACACGACAAUGGAAGACCGAGCUUGACAUCAUUGAAUUGAUUGUUGGCGACGAGAACCGGACAGGCUUCGGGGUCAACAUCUGGCUACCAGCCUCAACAUCCAUCUCUUGCAAGACUCAAGAAGCCGAUCGCCUGAGUCGCUCACUGGCCACGCUUCGCCCUCGAGACAUCAUCUUGCUGCGCACCGUCGGUCUCAGCUCAUUCCGGGAUCAGGUCUACGGACAAAGUCUGCGGGGAGGAAUGACCAAAGUUGAUCUGCUGUAUCGACAACCGGUGGACGUGACGGAUACGGUUGGGUUCUACAAGAGCGGUUUGCGACGGAAUAGCCCCCAGGACCACGCCGAUCUGCCGCUCCAGAAGACUCGCCGAGUUCGCGAAUGGAUCGUCCAGUUUGUGGGUGCAACGGAUGAAGCAGGCGGUGGCCCGUCAAGAAUGUCUCAGACACAACGUGGUCAUCAGCGGCUGCCCCCGGACACGCAAUGA